UUUUGUUGUACAGCGGAAGGAUUCGGAUUUGCUUCGUUCGUUGGCCACGUUUCAUAGUCAGUGGUUGCCACAAUGCUUCAGAACUCCGUAAAUAAAGAAGCGUUGAUUGGCACUGCCACGCUCGGCGUUGUUCUUGCGGCAGGCUAUUUAAUAGGAAAACGCAGGUCCGCAUUUAACAUCAUGAGCAUCGUCAAAAGUCACUGUGGAGGAAAGGACAAUCCCGUGAUGCAGUAUGUACUGAACCACUCAAUGAGGGAGCAUCCUGCGCUUAAAAAACUCAGACUGAGAACUCUGGAGGAUCCCUGGAACUUCAUCAUGGUGGCCUGUGAGGAGGCUCAGCUCAUGGGAAACCUCGCGAAACUGAUCAAGGCCAGGAAAGCCAUUGAGAUCGGAGUGUACACGGGGUACAAUGCCCUGAACAUGGCACUGGCCGUGCAGGACGACGGCCAUGUUGUGGCCUGUGACAUCAAAGAGGACUACGCCAACGUGGGCAAGCCCUUCUGGAAAGAGGCCGGCGUUGAGCACAAGAUUGACCUGCGCAUACAGCCAGCACUGCAGACCCUCGACGACCUCCUCGCAGCGGGCGAGGCGGAGACCUUUGACUUCGUGUUCAUCGACGCCGACAAACAGAAUUACGACAACUACUACGAGAAGUCCCUGCAGCUCCUGAGGAAAGGGGGCAUCGUGGCCAUUGAUAACGUGCUGUGGGGGGGUAAGGUCGUCAGCCCCGCAGAGAAUGACCUGGACACGCAGAGCAUCGACAGGCUGAACAAGAAGAUCCACAGAGACGUCCGGGUGAACGUGAGCAUGCUGACCGUGGGAGAUGGCCUGACGCUGGCCUUCAAACUCUGAUGCCGGUCGGCGGACGCGAGAAAGGGUCCGGAACGUUCUGGAAGUCCUAGCACUGACUCUCCUUAUGGCAUUACUACUGCAGAUGAACUACUACUUUCUGUGCAGUGACCAAAUACUAUUUGGUAUUCAGGGAUGAUCUUUAGGUGUUUUUUGAUUUAUCUGAUUAUUGUAUUUGAUAGAAAAGUAAAUAUGCAUUGGUAAAUAGUGAAGUAAUGGUCUAGAGAAAGAGAAACUAAUGUUUAGAAAUCACUUUGAUUUAUUCAGUCUCAGAUUUCAGAUCAGGAGCAAAAUGGCAGAAGUAUUCUCAUUAAAUACUUAACUGUAACUGUAUUGCAAGACAUAAUAUAGCCAUUUCAUAGUAUCCAAAUACGGAGGACAAAAAAUACAGUCGGUCUACACACUCUGGUGUCAAUCAACCAAUGGGAAUAAGACUGACACUAUGACGUACUCUGAUUAACAGCCCCCUCGUUAUUAUAUGGACAAAGGCAUACAGAAAUUAAUAUACAGAAAUUAAUGACAAGAAAUAAAUGCAGAAAUAGCCAUUUAUGUCAGAUUUGAUUUUUAGUUUUCUUGCAUUUAUAUUUAUCAAUUCAUUCAUUCGAGUCAUUUAUCUUUAAUAUUGGCACUUUUGGUCCUCCGUAUCCAAACAGCGUAGAGUGGGUAAGCCAGGUGGUUGAGAGUUUAAACUGUGGGGUUUGGAUUCUCUGAAGUAGAAGAAAAGGCUUCCGGUGGCGUACUCCGUAUAAAACGCGGGGCGCGCCAGCAGCAUCUGCCGUGAGAAAGGUCAAAACCAAAGGACACGCAAUAUGCAAGCCUAACGCAUAGGAGCUCGUUAACUGAACACAUUUUGGGACACGUAUUUAAUGAGUAUUUAGUGAUUUUUAAACAGAAACAAAUGCAGCAUAUGUACGGAUAUUAUUAAAAUAUUUUUGUGUCCAUUC